UCAAAUGAUAAUCAGACUUACUUGCUUUUCAGUUUCGUCAUAGAAGUGAUAACCUGAUUAACAGUAAAGCAAGUGAAAUCCUACAAGGGCAAGGGUUAAAAAGCAUGACAUGGAAGGAUAUUCAUGUUGGUGACAUUGUAUGCUUACGUAAAGAUGACUUUGUACCAGCAGAUAUGAUUUUGUUGAACAGUACUGAGCCAAACAGUAUGUGUUAUGUAGAAACUGCUGGGAUUGAUGGAGAGACCAAUCUCAAAUUCCGUCAAGCCCCGGUGGUUGCACACUAUGCACUACAGACUGAGCAAGCCUUGUUAGAAUUUGAUGGUGUGAUCACAUGCGAAGCUCCAAAUGCCCGCAUAAACAGCUUUGUGGGGGUCCUGGACUGGAAAGAAAAAAAGUAUCCCCUUAAUACUGACAACCUUCUCAUGAGAGACUGCAGGAUCCGCAACACUUCACGUUGUUAUGGGCUUGUCAUUUAUGCAGGAGUUGACACAAAAAUCAUGAAAAACUCUGGUAAAGUAAAAAUGAAGAGGACAAAGCUGGACAGCGUAAUGGGAAAAUGUGUGCUCUUUAUAUCAGUAUUGUUAAUUGUUAUGUCACUUGUGAUGGCUAUUGGAGCUGGUGUCUGGAAUCAUUGGUAUAUAAAGAAACACAGCUAUAUCCCUGAAAUCCCAAUGUCUUCUUCUGCCGUUGGCUUUCUCUUUUUUUGGUCAUACUUUGCUAUUCUGAGCACACUUGUGCCUUUUUUUUUGUAUAUCUCACUGGAGUUAAUACAUGCGGUCCAUAACAACUUUAUUAGUCAGGAUUUGGAGAUGUACCACCCAGAAUCAGACACACCAGCCCAGGCAAGAGCCUCUAGUCUUUCUGAUCUGUUGGGGCAGAUAGACUACAUAUUCACAGACAAAACAGGCACCCUCACACAGAAUGUUAUGACUUUCAAGAAAUGCUGCAUUGGACACAAGGUUUAUGGAACAAUGUCGGGAAAAGAAGAGGAGCUUGAGAAAGUAUCAUUUACUUGGAAUAAGUAUGCAAAAACGUCAUUUGAGUUCUAUGAUCAAGCCCUGGUGGAAGAAUUGCGUAAGAAUCAAGACCCUUUAAUCCAAGAAUUCUUUAGGGCCAUAGCACUUUGUCAUACAGUUAUGUUGGAUAAUAACAAGGAAGAGGAUUUAAUCUACAAGGCUGCAUCUCCAGAUGAAGAGGCUUUAGUCAAUGCUGCCAGAAAUUUUGGCUAUGUUUUUCUUGCCCGCACCCAAGAAUCCAUCACCAUAAGUGAGAUGGGUACAGAAGUAACCUACAAAAUCCUGGCACUGAUGGACUUUACUAGUGAUCGCAAAAGGAUGUCAAUUUUACUAAGAAAUGAAGAAGGAAAAAUAAAACUUUACACCAAAGGAGCAGACAGUGUGAUAUUACAGCGCUUGUGUCCUAACUGUAACACAGAGGUCCUUAUGGAUGCCUUGGAUGUCUUUUCUGAAGAGACUCUGAGAACACUCUGUCUGGCAUAUAAAGAGGUAGAGGAGCAUGAGUAUAGGGUGUGGGAAGUAAAGCAUCAUGAAGCCUCUAUAACACUUCAGAAUCGUGAGGAUCAUCUUGGACAAGUAUAUGAGGACAUAGAAAAAAAUCUACAGCUCCUUGGAGCCACUGCCAUUGAAGAUAAAUUGCAGAAUGAAGUCCCUCAGACAAUUCAGCUCUUGAGAAAUGGAAAUAUGAAGGUUUGGAUGCUCACCGGUGAUAAACAAGAGACAGCAGUGAACAUUGCAUAUUCCUGUAACCUUAUUUCAAGUGACAUGCAGAUUGUGGAAGAGACAGAAAUCAGGUACUUGCUGGAAAAUGGCUUGCAUAGUAUGGAGAACAAUAUGGCAGGAGAGUCCCAAAUAGGACAACUAAGUAGCAACAAAGCUUUAGUUGUCACUGGAGACUUUUUGAGUGAAUUUAUGACCUCAUACGAAAACCAGGCUGAAGAAAUGUCCAUAUGGAAGAAAAUAUUUUUUAUUCUGAGAAGAAAGGAGCAAAGCAAUUAUAAAAUUAGCCAAAGAACAAAAAAACUGGUUGAGAUGGCAUGUCAGUACCAAUCAGUUAUUUGCUGUAGAAUGACACCAAAACAAAAAGCCAGCAUUGUUCAGUUGGUGAAAACAAACAAGAAGGUCACCACUCUUGCCAUUGGAGAUGGGGGAAAUGAUGUCAACAUGCUAAAAACUGCUCACAUUGGUGUUGGCGUGGUUGGGAAGGAAGGUCUCCAAGCUGUCCUUGCUAGUGACUUUGCAGUGGCUCAGUUUUCUUACCUCCAGAAGCUGUUAUUUUUUCAUGGACGUUUAUCCUAUAUCCGUUUUUCCAAGUUCUUGCAGUAUUACCACUACAAGACAUUUGCGUGUCUUUUCCAGAAUGUUUGGUAUUCAUUUUUUAAUGGCUUCUCUGUUCAGGCUGUGAGUGAUAUCUGGUUCCUAAUUUUCAACGCUUUACUCUACACUUUCUACCCAGCACUUUAUAUGGGGAUGCUGGACAAGGAUGUGGAUAGUAGAACAAGUCUUCAGCAUCCUCGUCUGUACAUAAUUGGCCAGAAGGACACGUGGCUUGGUUUUAGGAUCUUUGCAAACAUCCUUUAUGGCAUCUACACUUCAUUUGUUAUGUUCUUCCUUCCAUAUUUUGCUUUCUAUGAUUCAGCAGGACCAGGAGGCAUAUUUGAUCACCAAGUUUUUGUGUAUACCAUGAGCAACAUCUACUUUUUUGCAACAUUGGCCGAGGCUGUCUUGGCAAUUUCUUCUUGGUCUGUGUUUGCUUUCCUCACUUUUGGGAUAUCCCUCGUCGGCUACUUUGUGAUAUCAUAUCUAACCACUCUGCCAUCUGCGUAUUUUACCAGCAUGCAAUAUUUUAACUAUCUGGGGGCAAUGGUAAAUUCCAUCAGCAGCAUAUAUAUGUGGCUUAUCUUACUGUUGGGUGUAUUUGUAAGCAUCAUUCCUUCUGUCUUCUGUCGCAUAUGGAACAGACUACUCCAUAAUUGUAGCCAUUUGGUAACCCCAGCAUUAAAUGACAUUGAGCUGCGCUCUGCAUUCAAAAGGAACCAUUCCAGAAGACGGUCUAGCUAUGCUUUCUCCCAUAGUGAAGGAUAUGAAAGAAUUGUCACCUGCCAGAAAAAACAUAAGAGUAACAUCAAUAAGAAAGAUGAGGAGUUACAUGAAGAAUAAGUGAUAUUUGUAUUAAAUACAUUUACACAAUACAUUGUGCAAUUUAUUAGAAAAGGGAAAUAUUUUUAGAUAAUGUGUGGAAGGAUUAGAACUCCUGUCUGGGGCUCUGAGGGCUUUUACUGCUAUCCCGGGGACAACUUUUUCACCAGACAGGAAGUAAAGAAAUCACUCCAAAAGCACAGGCAGGAGAAAAAUGCUUGUUUAAAAUAAAAAAAAGCGGAAGGCUAGAACUCCUGUCAGUUUAUUUUUUAUUUUUAUUGUUGAAUGUUUCCCCAUUGCAGAUUGUUCUUACUUCCUGUCUGGUAAAAUGUAGGAAGUGAGAGGAAACCUCUCUAUUGGAGCUAAAUACCCGGCAGAGGUUUUAACCCUUCCCCUCUCUAUCCAAAACUAAGAAAAAAUGUUUUGGCUAUACAUACAUUUUAAGGAUCACAAACAACUCAGGUUUCUACAAUGAAUUGCUUCUUUUAGAUGCCGUAAUUUUACAGCUGUCAUUUGCAAAUGUGUAUUUAAUUUGAACUUAAAGUGAACCUAUGCCUAAAAGAUGCACAUAGUGCUCUGAACAGCUUCUGAUCACUUUAAAAAGUAAUGCUUUCAUCCCCAUAUUUUUUCUAUUUUUGUUUUUUAAAACACUGGUCAAAAUAGAAAAAAAAA